AUGUCUGCGAGCAGCUCUAGUCUGGAUGAUCCAGUGAUGCGGAUCCUCCUGCUGGGCAGGAAGGGUUCUGGGAGAAGCUCAUCUGGGAACACCAUACUGGGGCAAAAGAGAUUUAAAGUUCAUGUACAACAGAAAAAGUAUGAAGCUGAAGCAGAGUUUGGGGAGGUUUGUCAUGCUGUAACGCAGAUCGGACAGAAGCAGAUUGAUGUGCUGGACUGUCCAGAUCUGCUGGAUCCAGAUGUGGAUCAAGAGAAACUGCAGAAACUGGAGGAGCAGCUGCUGUCUGCAUGUUCAGCAGGUCUCAGUUCAGUUCUGCUGGUCGUGCCUUUAGUGAAGAAGGUGGAGAAUGAAGAGGAGAUCCUGGAGUAUGUUAAACAUCUGUUUGGUCCUGGAGUUCAGAAGUACAUCAUGAUCCUGUUCACACGUGAAGAUGAGCUGGAGGAUCUGGAUGAACCACAGACCAUCGAGGAACAUCUAGAAGAUGAGGAUCACGCAGAUCUCCAGAGACUGGUGACUGAAUGUGGAGGAAGAUUUCACUGUUUCAACAACAAGAGUAAAUCAGGAGAUCAGGUGAAAGAUCUGCUGCAGAAGAUUGAGGGAAUGGUGGAGGAGAACGGAGGGAACUUUAUCAUGGAGCACAUGAGAAGAAGCGACAGCAAGGAGGCUUUCGUCAAUUUUUCAGAAGACUGCUCAACAGAAGAUUCACAUCCUCACAAUCCUGAAGGGAAAGAGCAGAUCAGACUGGUUCUGGUGGGGAAAACUGGAGUGGGGAAAAGUGCCAGUGGAAACACGAUUAUCGGCAGAAACCGCUUCAAAUCCUUCUCUAGCUCAAGCUCUCAGACUAAAGAGUGCCAGUCAGAAACUAUGGUGAGAAUCAAUAGAGAGAUUGCCGUCAUCGACACUCCUGGACUCUACGACACUAAUCUCAGCGAAGACGAGAUUAAAAGCGAAAUACUGAAAUGCUUCACGUACGCCUCUCCUGGUCCACACGCGUUUCUCAUAGUAAUUAAAGUGGACAGAUUCACAGAGGAGAAUAAAAAAACUGUGGAGCAGCUCAAAGAAGUGUUUGGAGACCAGAUGGAGAAAUACACCAUGAUCCUGUUCACGUAUAAAGAUCAGUUAGAGAAGGAGAAUAAAACCGUCGAGCAGUUCCUACAGGACAGCGAUCCAGAUCUUAAAGAGCUGGUGGAGAGUUGUGGAAAACGGUUCAUCUGUCUGGACAACAACUCAGCCAGUUUCCCCCAGUUUAAAGAUCUGAUCAGUAAAGUAGAGGAGAUGGUGGAGGAAAACGAAGGAGCGCACUUCACUAAUGACAUGUUUAACGAAACCGAGAAACACAUUCAGGAGAUUCAGAAGCAGAAACUGCAGGAGAAAGUCAAGCAGUUCAAGCAGAAGCGCAAGAAGGUCACUCAGACGGAAUGGCAGAAAAUCUACUGGCGUCUGGUGGAGGAUUCUCGUCAUGAAGCGGAGCGCUCGUUCUCGGACGUGUGUAUCGCAGCUAUAGCACAGCUCCUGAAGAAGGUGGUGGUGACGGCGGAGGAGAAGGAGAGCGCGCUGAAGGAGGCCGAAAGCAAAGGAAUCAGUCGCACAGAGGCCGUUCAACUGGCUAUCAGAGCCACGCAGAAACUAGCAAAACAGAAGAUGUGUAAAGUUCAGUGAGAAAACACUUAAAGGUCCUGCGAAGGGCUGUGAAACGUGCGUUAUUCAAUGUUUAAUGCAAUCUCAACUGAAACAAAGACAGCAGUCGACAGUAGCCCCUCCCCCUUUUUCUAAAUCAGCCAAUCACGUUUAGUCUACAUCACUCAACUAUGAAGAUGUAGAGAAACAACAUCGUCAGGAUCUCAUUCAGAAUGAGCAUUUUCCAGCUAAUAGAUGAUUAACACUGACAGAUAGGUAGAAUCUGCUGAAAUAUAAAAGGCUUAUGACAUUGUAAUCUACAGAUGGUAUUAAUAAGAGCUCCUCUACUAAGAUUAAAGCAAACAAUUGGUUAAACCAU